GGAGUUGAUCGGAUCGGAGUAGAGCAGUAAGCGGAGCGGCGCUGACGUGAUUGGUCGCCGUGUCCCCAAUGUCUCGCGUUCCGAAUUUAAAAUAGUCGCGAUCGACUUCACUGUGUGACAAGCGAUGUGUUUUGUUUAUUAGUUUUUGUUUCUCAAUUAAACUGAAUUGAAGAGACAAUUCCAUUAAACUAUGAUUGUCUUGAGUAAUUGAUGUUCCUGAUUAUUAUGAACUAACAAAAACAGCCAGUGCGUCACAUUAAUCUCCCGUCUAAUGACGUCCGACCGUCGUAACCUUUAACUGCUCUAUAACAUACAUCCAACGGGAAAAUGGAAUUAAUAUUAUCAAGUACGACUCCUGACUCACAAAUGUUUUGUGUACACAAUGAUGUAAAUAAAGCGACACUAAGAUAUUCGACGACAUUAUGAAAAUCAAGCAUUAUCCAGGAAAAGCGGUCAUGGAGGACCCGUGGCUGUCCAUUACGGACAGGACUAUGGACCUUGUGUACGCGGCGAACUGGGUCGGUGCAAAGAAUCUCAGCUCUUACAAUGAAAACGACGACCAUUCAAACAGUGUUAAAUUCAAUUCAAUAUCGAGAAGCAAGUCGUGCAGAGACGUUGGUCGUACUAGCGACAAAGAUUACGAUAGCAAAACAUAUUCAUUGGAAGAUAAUGAAUAUAGUUACUCUAAUGAUGUUCCUAACGAAAAUAUAUCUCAAUUAGCUAAAUAUCAACAAAACAUAGAGGAAAAAGCGAGAGCAAAUAAUAAUCUUCUCGCACAGAAUAAAUUGAAACAUAGUUAUAGUUUUAAAGAUAUGCCAAAUGGAUAUAGACCAUCUACAUUAAGAAGAGUUAAGCGUAGAAAUUUUACUGAAUGGGACAUUGAAUCUUUUGGUUCGAAUAGCAAACAGCCCCCUGUGCCGCCGCAACGUAAGGAUUCGUUAAAGUAUGCGCACCGGCAAAGAAAAGCUGACUCUAAAAAAAGUUAUUAUCCGUUACCUGAUCCUGGAGCGGUACCACCUGACCCAUCGUCUGAAUCAUAUUAUGAGUACUACUCCAGAGUAAGUCAACAGAAUAAUGACACAGACAGUGAUAAGAUAAAACAGAUGCAGAAGGACACCAAAAAAGAUAAAAAUACUCACAGCGAGCCAAUAAAACAAAAUGGAAAUACUAUGUAUCAGUUAAUCAACUCUAUGGCUACUUUGGACUUGAGUCCAAUAAAGUCCAGGAACGGAAAACAGAACCUCGAUUUAGAUUGCGAAGCGGAAGAUUUGGGUUUGUACAUGCAGCCUAUUAACCAGUCGCUAUCAACAUGCGAUCAACUUCCUAAGCACAUAACGCAACCGGCGAACGAACGAAACGGACGCAUCGAAGAUACUAAGCCUAGCUUUCGUUCUAAAUCUUUAAGAGUAAAAAGCGAAGGAAGAGCGCCCCUCCGAGCUUAUCUCGAUGCGGUGCAGCCUGACGAGAGUUAUAAUGGAGUCACUGUCACUCAACCGAAAAGAAAUCUGUCACCGAGCGAACAGCUGACGUUAAUGCAGUACGAAAUGUUCAACGGAAGCCAAAAUAAACCCGCCCGCCGAUUACUAAUGGGUUACACUCUACUGAUCUGACUAAAGAAAGUGACCAUCGGACUAUAAACAGUGUUGCAAAACAAAUCAAACGUGAUAAGUAUGGAAAGCUAUACAAU